GUGAUCUCGCGAGAUCAGAUCUCCUCCUCCUGCACUAGGUCAAGAUGUCGGAAUCGGAACUGGGAAGGAAGUGGGACCGGUGCCUGGCCGACUCCGCGCUGAAAUUCGGUGCUGGCCUUGGUUUGGGGAUCGUGUUUUCAGUGAUAUUUUUCAAAAGGAAGACCUGGCCCAUUGCAUUCUCCUCGGGUAUAGGUUUAGGAAUGGCCUAUUCCAACUGCCAGAAUGACUUCCAGUCUCCUUACCUUCUUCACGGCAAGUUUGUAAAGGAACAAUGAGCGUGUUGGAUCUGGCAGAGAGCAGCUGCAGAGCCUCCCAUCUGGAAUCCGGCACGGCACAGGACAGCCUGGAAGACUCUCGCUCCAGUCCUUGGCAGUAACUGCUUUCCCUGGCGCAGUGACCACACGCUUGCAGUUUCUUUGUUUUGUAUUUUCUGUCACAACAAUUAUGAGAAUAAAAAAGAAAAACCCCAAAAUGGGCUGUGCUCGA